GGCUAUCGGUGGCUGCAAAUCCAAGUAUCUGCUAAAGUAAUCGUUAUCGUCGUGAACCCUUGGUUUCAGGGCAGCCGAUGGAGACCGCUUCGGAUGAAGACAGUGGCUGCUACAGUCCUCUCAGGAUUAUUACCCGUGAUUCAUACGGCCCGUAUUUAUCCAUUCGCUCAACUAAGCCAACAAGCCAGUGGUCUAGCAGUGAUUCUGGGCGCAGUCUUCGAUGCGACUUACUUCACUGAGUCCUGGGUGCCCAAGAAGUUCGAUAUUUGGGGAGCCUCUCAUUAG